AUGGCCUCCACUGUCAUUCGCCUCUUCGCAUUGUCUGCUGCUUUGGGCCAGGCGACUGCCGCCUUCAGCCUUAAUACUUCUGGUCCUAGCUGGGACUAUACAACUAAGGAUCUAGCAGACACGACAUCGCAGGCUUGCAAGGACGCCUACAGUGCCAGUAUCAACUGUGAUGAAACCCUCCUCAAGAUCGUGGCGUCUAUGGAUCCCGACUUCCACCCACAGUCUCCAGACUUACAAGCUAUGUGCACUACGACAUGCAGUGAGUCGCUGUCCAAGUACAUCAAAAACGUCAAGACUGCAUGCAGCAAAGAUGGGGAUCUAGCCGGGAUUUCCAGCGGGAAUCACUAUGUCUAUGAGGCUCCCGUGGCCACCGUAGGCGAGGUUUUCCAGUACAAUUACCGCAAAUCUUGUGCAAAGAGCGGAUCUGAUUACUGCUACUUGACGUACCCCGGAAGCGAUGAUUGGGCCAAAACCGACUUCCCAUGUAGCGACGAGUGUGCAAUCAAAUUUUUCCAAAACGCACACGACGAGCCUGGCUCGGGCUAUUUCUUUAGCUACUUCGCUCUUGGUAACCAAUCCUCAUGGUGGGAGGAUAGAUUUGCCGGGGGUUGGGAAACUGUGGUCCAAUGCGAGGGUGGGAGCGAUGUAAGCUCUUCUAGCACGGCGCAUGUUUCGACGAAUACCGAUAUUGUUGACAAGGAAUCAUCGACCAGCUCAAGUAGCUCCAGAGUGGCUAUCUCUACGACCUCAACAUCAACUGCAGCGGUGACAACCACGCCGGUUCGGUCUGCCUCGGAGACUACUUCAACUACAGCCACCAGUGGUGCUUCGAGGCUCAAACCUUCCUUUUUCUUUUUUAAAAUCUCCAGGCAUAGAUUUGUUGACUUAAUGUAA